AGGCACUGAGUGCCGCUCAGCUUUAGUACAUCAACAGCUUUCGAGGGCAUCGCACAUCAUUGACAACAAACAACGGAAAGAUGCAAAGUAUAUAAGAGCAAAAAACAACAACGGCAGCUGAAGAUUUUCAUAUCUUCUGCAAAACGGAAGAAAAACUCAAAUAAAAUUCUAACGCAAAUCCCAACGAAAUAUUCAGAAUAGUUGUGCAAAAUGUUCGGUACCACGGUGAAAACUUUAUUAACUAUUACGGGCGUGAUUUUAAUCGGUUCCAUUUCCUAUUCUAACGCUUUACCGGAUGUAAUAAAAAUUGGUGGCUUAUUUCAUCCUUCCGAUGACAAUCAGGAACUGGCAUUUCGCCAAGCUGUGGAUCGUAUCAAUGCAGACCGUUUGAUUUUGCCACGCUCUAAGCUAGUGGCACAAAUCGAACGUAUAUCACCAUUUGACAGCUUUCAUGCCGGGAAAAGAGUUUGUGGUCUGUUGAAUGUGGGUGUUGCUGCCAUAUUCGGUCCUCAAUCAACUCACACAGCAAGUCAUGUCCAGAGUAUAUGUGAUAAUAUGGAGAUUCCCCAUUUAGAAAAUCGCUGGGAUUACCGCCUGAGAAGAGAAAGUUGCCUGGUAAAUCUGUAUCCUAAUCCCAAUCUCUUGGCAAAGGCCUAUGUAGACAUUGUCAGACAAUGGGGAUGGAAAUCGUUUACAAUAAUCUAUGAAAAUAACGAUGGCCUUAUGCGAGUACAGGAACUGCUCAAGGAACAUGGUCCCACUCCAUUUCCAAUUAAUGUUCGACAAUUGGAUAUGUAUGGAGAUCACAGACCAAUGCUGAAACAAAUUAAAAACACUGCAGAAUCCCAUAUAGUUUUGGACUGUUCUGCAGACAAAAUUUACGAAGUACUCAAACAGGCCCAACAAGUUGGUUUGAUGAGUGACUAUCACAGCUAUUUAAUAACAUCCUUGGAUUUGCAUGCCAUCAACUUGGACGAGUUCCGUUACGGUGGCACCAAUAUCACCGGAUUCCGUCUAAUUAAUGAGAAAAUUGUCAACGAUGUGGUACGACAAUGGAGCAUAGAGGACAAAGGUGUAUUGCGUUCUGCGAAUUUAACAACAAUUAAAACGGAGACAGCUCUAAUGUAUGAUGCGGUGCAUUUGUUUGCCAAGGCUCUGCACGAUUUGGAUACAUCGCAGCAGAUCGAUAUAAACCCACUGAGUUGUGAUGGACAAAAUACCUGGCAGCAUGGUUUCAGUUUAAUUAAUUACAUGAAAAUUGUCGAGAUGAAGGGUUUGACAAAUGUCAUCAAAUUCGAUCAUCAAGGAUUCCGUAGUGAUUUCAUUAUGGAUAUUGUAGAACUGAGUCCGGGCGGAAUUCGCAAAGUGGGAACAUGGAAUUCCACUUUGCCGGACGGGGUAAACUUUACCCGUACCUUUGGUCAAAAGCAACAGGAGAUUGAAGCUAACUUGAAAAAUAAAACCUUGAUUGUUACGACGAUAUUGAGUAAUCCGUAUUGUAUGAGAAAGGAAUCCGUGGUCUCACUCACUGGCAAUGAUCAGUUCGAAGGUUAUGCCGUUGAUUUGAUACAUGAAGUCUCUAAGUCAUUAGGAUUUAAUUAUAAAAUUCAGUUGGUACCAGAUGGAAGUUACGGCAGUUUUAAUAAAUUAACAGGCGAAUGGAACGGCAUGAUACGAGAAUUAUUGGAACAACGUGCUGAUUUGGCGAUUGCAGAUUUAACAAUAACUUUUGAAAGAGAACAGGCUGUUGAUUUUACCACACCAUUUAUGAAUUUGGGUGUUUCGAUAUUAUAUCGUAAGCCCGUGAAACAGCCACCGAAUCUUUUCUCCUUCCUAUCUCCUUUGUCACUGGAUGUAUGGAUUUAUAUGGCCACAGCAUAUUUGGGUGUCUCUGUGCUAUUGUUUAUAUUGGCCAAGUUCACUCCCUAUGAAUGGCCAUCUUAUACCGAUCCUCAUGGGGAAAAAGUGGAAAGCCAAUUUACCCUAUUGAAUUGCAUGUGGUUUGCCAUUGGUUCUCUCAUGCAGCAAGGAUGUGAUUUUCUCCCAAAAGCCUUAUCUACCCGCAUGGUGGCCGGUAUUUGGUGGUUCUUUACUUUAAUUAUGAUUUCAUCAUAUACUGCCAAUUUGGCUGCGUUUCUCACUGUCGAGCGCAUGGAUUCACCAAUUGAAAGUGCCGAAGAUUUAGCCAAACAGACACGUAUUAAAUAUGGCGCUCUAAAAGGUGGCAGCACAGCGGCUUUCUUUAGGGAUUCUAAAAUAUCCACCUAUCAAAGAAUGUGGUCGUUCAUGGAAUCGGCGAGACCUUCUGUGUUUACAGCAAGUAAUGGUGAAGGUGUGGAACGAGUUGCAAAGGGAAAAGGAAAUUAUGCUUUUCUUAUGGAAUCGACAUCCAUUGAAUAUGUUACAGAGCGUAACUGUGACCUCACGCAAGUGGGUGGAAUGUUAGACACGAAAUCCUAUGGCAUUGCGACACCACCGAAUUCUCCAUAUCGCACCGCCAUUAAUAGUGUCAUUCUAAAACUUCAGGAGGAGGGUAAACUGCAUAUUUUGAAAACGAAAUGGUGGAAAGAAAAACGUGGAGGUGGCAAAUGUAGGGUGGAGACCUCCAAGUCUUCUUCGGCUGCAAAUGAAUUGGGUUUGGCAAAUGUGGGCGGAGUUUUUGUCGUUCUCAUGGGUGGAAUGGGGGUUGCCUGUGUCGUAGCCGUCUGUGAAUUUGUCUGGAAGUCACGAAAAGUGGCUGUCGAAGAACGUCUCAGUGCCAUAUUACACGAAUGAGAUGAAUAAUAAACCCAAGAUGUAUGGGUUUAAGAAUUUAGGAAACGAAACGAAUGGAACUUAGGAAAAAUUCAGAAACGAAAUUACAUAACGAAUGUGAAACAAAAAAAGAAAACUCCAUAGAUCACAACUUUAGCAAUCUUCCAUAUAUUAUAGAAAAUCAAAGUGAAUCAUGAAAUCAAAAUUUCUUUCGGUAAAUGCAAGCUUUUGAUAGGAAAAGAGACUUAAACAACUGGAAUGUCUUGAAAUAAUGGUGAAGUGGAGGGCAAGGAAUUAAUAAUUACCCUUUUCCCAAUGCCACACUCAUUUAUCAUUGCAUUAACUGAGCAUCUUAAUAUGGAUAUCUCCUUCGAUAUUGACAAUGACAUUCUAUAUGAUAUGAAUAUAUAUAUUUAAGUAUUUGCAUUUACACAAUAAAUAUAAAUUAAAUGGGAAUUGUAAUUAUAAGUUAAGCUACCUAUAGACUUAGACAUUGAAUGAAAAAGAGAUUUUUUUUCUUUUCCACAAUGAAUUAAUAGUAAGAGUAUCUAAUAUUAGAAAUAGUUUAUAACUAAACGAUAAAAAUCCCUAAAUAAAAUUACGUAUUCGAUGGAUGGAUUAAAAGGA